UCAUCAGCACUUCCUCUCAGUGCACAGACUGACUCCUGCAUCAUCAGUAAUCUGAACAAGGAUUACUCCAGACUUGUGUUGUGAGAUUAGCUGUUACCUCAGACAUACAUCGCACACAGCACUGGUCAGACAUCAGAUGUGUCUUUAGUGACCGACCAGCCAGUAAAAACCAUGUGAGAGUGGCUUCGUCAACAUUACAUCAUAUCCUGUUUCGCUCGUAACUGUUCUGCGGUCCAGAAGUAAAAUAGGUUGUUGACGAAGUGAGUUGACCUUUUAUCUCAGUUCAUGAGUUUUUGCGAUGAUGAAACUUAAUAUUUAUUUGUGUAUUUCAGAUGUGAGUGUUUUCAAUGGCCACACAAUGAAGGCUCAACUUCAGAUAACAGUUCUGUCCGCUAAGCUUCGGGACAGUAAGAAGAAUUGGUUUGGACCCAGUCCUUACGUCGAGGUGUGUGUGGACGGCCAGUCCAAGAAAACGGAGAGAUGCACCAACACACACACUCCCAACUGGAAACAGUCUCUCACUGUGAUCGUCACUCCUUUCAGCAAGUUGAUUUUCCGUGUUUGGAGUCAUCAGACACUUAAAUCGGACGUUUUGCUGGGCAUGGCCUCUCUGGAGGUCAGCGACACCUUAAAAGCCAACAAUCUGAAGAUCUGUGAGGUGGUGCAGACGCUGCAGUUGACUUCAGACCGAGAGAUGGUUGGAGAUCUGUCCGUGUGUCUCGAUGGACUGCAGGUGGAUCCCGAGACUUUUGCAUCUGAGGAACAAAAGCACAAUGCUGUAUUAAAUGGAGAAUCCAGACUGAACAGGGAGAAUGUGGCAGGAAGACGAGACUCGUCCCCAUGCAGUGACAUCACUGAUGAAGCACCGCUGACCAAUGGUAAUGCAGUCCAAAAUACGGGGUCCGCCUCUCUGAGACCCCCCCGAACAGCUCGCCCCCUGCGGCCACACAAACCUACUUCCUCCACAGCGUCGUCUGCAGGCUCAAGUCCCACUCACAGCAGCAGCGCUCCCAGCCCAGAAACAUCUCCACGGCUGUGUGUGAACGGAGAAACUGAGGGUCAGGGGUCAAACCAGGCACCGAGGGCCAGUCCAAUGCCCCCCAGAGCUCCUCUGAUCACUAACGGCCCUCUUCCUCCUGGCUGGGAGCAGAGAGUGGAUCAGAACGGCCGUGUUUACUUCGUGGAUCACAUUGAGAAAAGAACCACAUGGGAAAGACCAGAACCGCUGCCACCUGGCUGGGAGCGCCGUCUGGACCCGAUGGGCAGUGUGUAUUACGUGGAUCAUAUGAACAGGACCACCACGUGGCAGAGACCCACGCUGGAGUCGGUGAGAAACUACGAGGAGUGGCAGAACCAGCGCAGUCAGCUGCAGGGAGCCAUGCAGCGCUUCAACCAGAGGUUCAUCUACGGACUGCAGGAACAGCUCGCGCCGACAGCGAAUAACGAGAUUGACCCUCUGGGUCCUCUGCCGCCGGGAUGGGAGAAACGGACGGACAGUAAUCGGAGGAUGUAUUUUGUUCACCAUCCUACGAGAUCCACACAGUGGGAAGACCCUCGAACACAAGGGUUGUUGAAUGAGAAGCCUUUGCCGGAGGGUUGGGAGAUGAGGUUCACAGUGGACGGGAUUCCCUAUUUCGUUGAUCACAGCAGGCGAACAACGACAUACAUCGAUCCCCGUACAGGAAAAUCCUCCCUUGAGAACGGCCCUCAGAUCACAUAUGUACGAGACUUUAAAGCCAAAGUGCAGUAUUUCCGCUUCUGGUGUCAGCAACUAGCAAUGCCUCAGCACAUUAAGAUCCACGUCAGCCGCAAAACACUGUUCGAGGACUCGUUUCAGCAGAUUAUGAGUUGCCAUCCGCAAGAUCUGAGACGGAGACUGUGGAUUAUUUUCCCUGGGGAGGAGGGGCUUGACUAUGGAGGCGUGGCCAGGGAGUGGUUCUUCCUGCUGUCUCACGAGGUCUUGAACCCCAUGUACUGUCUGUUCGAGUACGCCGGCAAAGACAACUACUGCCUGCAGAUAAACCCCGCCUCCUUCAUCAACCCCGACCACCUCAAAUACUUCAAGUUCAUUGGCCGGUUCAUCGCCAUGGCUCUGUUUCAUGGGAAGUUCAUAGACACGGGCUUCUCUUUGCCUUUUUAUAAGCGCAUCCUGAACAAACCUCUGGCUCUGAAAGACCUGGAGUCCAUCAACCCGGAGUUUUACAACUCGCUCAUCUGGAUCAAGGAUAAUAAUGUCGAGGAAUGUGGCUUGGAGAUGUUUUUCUCGGUCGAUAAGGAGAUUUUGGGAGAAGUCAGCACACAUGAACUCAAAGCUGAUGGAGGAAACAUUCAGGUGACGGAGGAAAAUAAAGAGGAGUAUAUCAGGUUGGUGGCUGAGUGGAGGUUGUCUCGAGGGGUCGAGGAACAGACUCAGGCGUUUCUCGAGGGCUUUAAUGAAGUCUUGCCGCAGCAGUACCUGCAAUACUUUGAUGCCAAAGAGCUGGAGGUGAUGCUGUGUGGGAUGCAGGAGAUCGAUCUGGGCGACUGGCAGAGGAGCACCAUCUACAGACACUACACUCUCAGCAGCAAACAGAUCGUCUGGUUCUGGCAGUUUGUGAAGGAGAUGGACAAUGAGAAGCGAAUGCGUCUGCUGCAGUUUGUGACUGGAACGUGCCGACUUCCUGUCGGGGGAUUCGCUGACCUCAUGGGGAGCAAUGGGCCGCAGAAGUUCUGUAUUGAGAAAGUGGGAAAAGAAAACUGGCUGCCAAGGAGCCACACAUGCUUCAACCGUCUGGAUCUGCCGCCCUAUAAAAGCUACAAGCAGUUAAAGGAGAAGCUACUGUUCGCCAUCGAGGAAACAGAAGGCUUUGGUCAGGAGUGAAGCAUGCACACUUUCCAUCUGUUAUAUCCAACCGCUGUUGCCACGAGGGAGGAACUCUCUAAA